AUGGGUUUCAAGAAUGUUCUCCUCGCUGCUGCAGCUGUAGCACCUGCUGUGUAUGCACAAGGUGCAGGUUACGCACAAUGUGGUGGUCAAGGUUGGACUGGCGCAACAACUUGUGUUUCGGGAUUCACCUGUGUUGUUAGCAACCCAUACUAUUCUCAAUGUCUGCCAGGCGCUGCGGCCACGACAACAGCAACUUCAGCUCCCACCGCAACGACUCCCACCACAAUCAUCACAUCUACCACCAAAGGUACCACGACCACAAGUGGCAGCAGUGCAACAACAACAGCAGCAGUUGCUGGUAAUCCAUUCAUAGGAAAAGCACUUUAUGCGAAUCCAUACUAUGCUUCCGAAAUCUCUGCGAGUGCCAUUCCUUCACUCACUGGAGCCAUGGCUACUAAAGCUGCUGCGGUAGCAAAGGUCCCCACCUUUUAUUGGCUUGACACCGCGGCCAAAGUUCCAUUGAUGGGAACUUACCUUGCCAAUAUCCGGACUUUGAACAAAGCAGGAGCAAGCCCACCUAUUGCAGGCACUUUUGUAGUCUACGAUUUACCAGACAGAGAUUGCGCCGCUGCUGCUUCUAACGGAGAAUACAGCAUUGCAGACGGUGGCUUAGUGAAGUACAAAGCUUAUAUCGAUUCGAUCGUCGCUCUUUUGAAAACUUACUCCGAUGUCAGCGUUAUCCUCAUCAUCGAACCCGACUCGUUGGCCAAUCUCGUCACCAACUUGUCAGUCGCAAAAUGUGCCGGUGCGCAAGCAGCCUAUCUGGAAGGUACCGAAUAUGCCAUCGCGCAAUUGAAUCUUCCAAACGUCGCUAUGUACUUGGAUGCUGGACAUGCUGGUUGGUUAGGAUGGCCUGCAAACAUCGGACCGGCUGCUCAACUCUUCGGCAAAGUCUACAAAGCAGCUGGAAGUCCAGCGGCAGUCAGAGGUCUUGCAACUAAUGUUGCAAACUACAAUGCUUGGACUAGCACCAGUUGCCCAUCCUACACCUCUGGUGACUCCAACUGUAACGAGAAAUUGUACAUUAACGCUCUCGCUCCACUUUUGACCGCUCAAGGUUUCCCAGCUCACUUUAUCAUGGAUACUAGUCGUAAUGGUGUUCAACCAACCGCCCAACUUGCCUGGGGUGACUGGUGCAACCUCAUCGGCACCGGAUUCGGUGUUCGACCAACCACAAACACAGGAGAUGCAUUGGAAGAUGCAUUCGUCUGGGUCAAGCCCGGUGGAGAAGGCGACGGAACUUCCAACACCAGCGCCGCACGAUACGAUUUCCACUGCGGACUCGCCGAUGCGCUUCAACCAGCUCCAGAGGCGGGUACUUGGUUCCAGGCCUACUUUGCUCAAUUGCUUACAAAUGCCAAUCCAAGCUUCUAA